AUGGAGGGCCAGAAGAAAAUGAUGGUUGUUUUUGGGUUAGUUGCGGCUGUGUUUCUGCACAGUGUGGCAGCGCAGACGGUGCAUGUGGUGGGAGGUAGCAUAGUUUUCAACUUCGCGACAAACACACACGACGUAGUGGAAGUACCCAAAGCAUCUUUCGACUCAUGCAGCCCCGCCAACCCAAUCGACAGCACCAUCACCACCGGCCCGACCAACAUCACUCUCACCGCCGCCGGCGACCACUACUACAUCUGUACUUUCGGACACCACUUCCAGUCCGGCCAGAAGCUGGCCAUCACGGUCUCAACAUCCGCCACGUCACCCGGAGCCUCCCCUUCUGCAUCCACUCUCGUGUCGCCAGAGCCACCCACUGCCACUACUACUCCUACCACGUGUUCACCCACAUCUGACGCUCCUUACACUACUAGAAAAAGGGCCUAA